ACUCCCACGAUCUCCGCCAUUACCACCGCCAUUUCCAUUUCUUCUUCUCUCUCUGUCAACCCUAAACCCCUUAUUCAACUUUCUCCACUCCCCCACAACCAUGACUGACCAAGAAGUCGUUAUCACCGAUGUUCCCCUUGCUGAGAAGCCCAAUAAGGACCUUCCUCCGCUGCCGGAGCCCGCCGCGAAGGAGCCAUUGAAGGCGGAAGGAGAGGUUCCUGAUGCGGCGGCGGAGGCUGAAGUGUUGAAACCUGCUGGUGAUGAUAAAGUCGUGGCGGAUGCUGAUUCCUUCAAGGAGGAGAGCACUAAACUCGCUGAUCUUUCUGAUUCUGAGAAGAAAGCUUUGGAAGAGUUUAAGCAGCUUAUUCAGGAAGCGCUUAAUAAGCACGAAUUCACUGCUCAGCCUACGCCUCCGCCUCCGUCGUCAUUGCCGGUUAAGGUUGAGGAAUCUUCGUCGGAGGCUGUGGUGGAGAAGACAGAUGAAACCGUCGAUGAUGCGCAGAAGCGCUCCGAUGAAGAACAAGAGCCGCCGAAAGCCGAAGCUAAAAUCGCCGAAGCAAAUGCAGGUGAAGCAGAGAAAGAAGAGAAAUCAAAAGAAAAACCGCCGCCUGCCGCGGAGGAAGUUGUGGUUGCAGUGCAAACCGAAUCACUCGUGGAUGAGGACGGAGCAAAAACAGUCGAAGCAAUCGAAGAGACGAUUGUCGCCGUUGCCGCCUCCGCCGCAGCACCAUCUGAAGAAGCCGUAGACACAACGGCCAACCCUCCCCCGACUGCCGUGGUGCCGGAGGAGGUGUCAAUCUGGGGAAUACCGCUAAUGGCGGACGAGAGAACCGAUGUUGUACUACUGAAAUUCCUCCGAGCGAGGGAUUUCAAAGUGAAAGAAUCAUUCGCGAUGAUCAAGAACACGAUCCAAUGGAGAAAGGAUUUCAAAAUCGACGAACUGUUGGAGGAAGAUUUAGGGAGCGAUCUGGAGAAAGUAGCGUUCAUGCACGGAUCGGACAAAGAAGGGCAUCCAGUCUGUUACAACGUGUACGGAGAAUUUCAGAACAGAGAGCUUUACCAGAAAACAUUUUCCGACGAGGAGAAACGGGAGAAAUUUCUCCGUUGGAGGAUUCAGUUUCUGGAGAAAGGCAUCCGGAAAAUGGAUUUCAAUCCCGGAGGAAUUAGCACCAUGGUUCAUGUAAACGACCUGAAGAACUCUCCAGGGCUGGGAAAAUGGGAGCUAAGACAGGCAACCAAACAUGCCCUUCAGAUCUUCCAAGAUAACUACCCAGAAUUCGUUGCCAAACAGGUGUUCAUCAAUGUUCCCUGGUGGUAUUUGGCUGUGAAUAGAAUGAUGAGCCCAUUUCUGACUCAUAGAACUAAGAGCAAGUUUGUGUUUGCUGGACCUUCCAAAUCUGCAGAGACCCUUCUGAGGUACAUAACAGCGCAAGAGCUGCCAGUGAAGUAUGGAGGAAUGAGCAAAGAUGGGGAAUUCGAGACAUGUGAUAGCGUCACUGAAAUCACAGUGAAACCCUCAGCCAAACACGCCGUCGAAUAUCCUGUCACUCAGGCAUGUACUGUGACGUGGGAGGUUCGAGUGGUCGGAUGGGAUGUGAGCUAUGGGGCGGAGUACGUACCGAGCGGGGAGGGAAGCUACACGGUGAUAAUCGACAAGGCAAGAAAAGUGGCGUCGUCGUCACAAGACCAUCCUGUUCUUACAAACACAUUCAAGAUAUCCGAGGCUGGUAAGGUGGUUCUGUCCAUUGACAAUCCGACCAACAAGAAGAAGAAACUCCUCUACCGCUUCAAGACCAAAUCUCUAUGAACCCUAAAUCCAUUUUUUCUAUAUAUAUUUCCCCCAAAAAAAAAAAAAAAAACAUAAAAUUUUGAAUUCCUUGUUGUGAGAUGUUUUUUUCUUUCCUUUUCUAAGCUCAUGGGUGUUAUGUAAUCUAAUCAUUGUUCAUGUUUUUUU